AUGGCGAAGUUAUCGGUCGGGAUCGCGUCACUGUGCGUCCUGCUGCUGCUGCUCCCUCCUCCCACGGCGCGCGCCUCCGGGGUGCAGCCCGUCGGGCAGGUGGUGGAUCACCCGGUGGGUCAAACAUCGGGCGGCUCCAGAUCCGACGGCGACGCCGCCGACGCGCUCGACGCCGUGCCGAGGGAGACGCUGCAGUCGCUGUUCAACUGGGCGAUCAAAAACUCGGACCCGGAGAAGCUGGCGGACAUGGCGCGCAGGGUUCGCGACGGCGAGCGCGUCGAUGUCGGCGCCCUGCCCGACGCGAACCGCGCGUCAGCACGGGCGGUGCCGAACCAAUCGCGAUGGACGACCGAGGAGUUGGAGCAGAAACGGCGGGACGUCCGCGAGGUUCUCGACGCCCUGUCCAACCAGCCCACCGAGGCGCAGUACAUCAAGCUCGCCACCGGCAUGUACACCAACGCGUCGUUGCCAAAGGAGGACCGGAUCCUCGCCCUGGACGAGCUCAAGGAGCUGGUGCGGCAAAUCGACAACGCGAACGACUUGCACGCGCUUGGCGCGUUGGCGCCCUUAAUCCACGUCGCCCUCGACUCACCCGGCACCGAGGACGAGGACGUCGCCUCCGCCGCCGCCUCCACCCUCGCCGUCGCCAUGAGCAACAACGCGGAGGUGCAGGCGCUGGUCCACGCGUGGCGACCGCCGGAUCAAACGGUGGACCGGUUUCGACGCAAGACGCUUCGAAGAGAAGACGGCACCUACGACGAGUGCGACGACGAGGCGCACGAGCACUGGGGCGUGGACGACGUCGCGGACGUCGGCAAACGCGACCCGCACCACUUCGCCGCCGACCGUGCCGGGCACUACGGCGACGAGACCGUUCACGACCCGGGGUUUCGCAACGACGUCGAGCAUCGCGACGUCGCCAAGCGGCGGAAGACGGCGCGGGCUAACGACGACGAACUCGUAGCCAGACACGGGGACAUCCGCGUCGGGGACUGGCCGGAGCCGAGGCUCGGGGUGGAGGCACGGCUCGCCAGGCUCGCGCUGGACGAGUCCGUCGCCGUCGAGCGAAGGGUCCGGUGCAUGUUCGCGUUGGGCGCGAUGCUUCGGACGUCGCCGCUGAGCCGCCGGUCGUUCUUCGCCGCCGACGGCGCCGCGUUCAUCGUCCAGGCGCUCGCCGACGACGUACCGUCUCGGGUGCGUGUCAGGGCGCUGGUCAUCGCCACCGACGUGUUUGAGAACCCCACGGUGCACGUCACCGGAUCGAACGAACGAACGUUGGCGACGGGGGAGCGGCACUUGGCCAUCAAAGGCGUGGAGGCGUUCGCGCGCCUCAUGCGUCGCGGGUCGCGAGACUCGAGGGAAAAGGCGGUGCACGCGUUGAAAGCCGCGAUGGCGGUGGACGAGUCGUAUCCGGAGGAGCGCAUGAGCGGGCACGUGCUGAGGGAGGCGAGGGAGAGGGGCGUCGGUGAAGCGCUGAGGGCGGCGGCGUCGUUCUUCCACGCCAACGCGCGCGAGGACCCGGACGUCGCGGAGUACAUGGAGGAGGUGGCGAGGGAGGCGGAGGAUCUGUCCGCCGUCGUCGCCGCGCCCGAGCCCGCCGCCGCGAACGACGAGCUGUGA